AUUUCCCGGGUCGAGCAUACCGGGAUUUCAACCCUGGUCUCGACCAGGGUUGGUCCCGGGACCGUCCCGGGAAGCUGGGUAGUGUGAAAGGGCCCGUCCCGGGAUUCACUACCCGGGACUGUUAAAAGGCCUCCGAUUGGAGCUUUCAUGGGCUCAGAAAAGAUGAUGUCAUCUUUCAGAGCCCUGGGGAGCGUCCUUGAUGCGUGUGAGGAAGGCAGCAUGGCGACCUGGACAGACCAGGAGGUUAGAGAGUUGCUGAGCAUUAGGGGAGAGGAGGAAAUAAUGAGGCAGAUCACAGGCACAGUUAAAGAUGCAGUCAUUUAUAAAAACAUCUCCAAGAUGCUGGAAGCCAGGGGAAUCAUCCGCACACAGCAGCAAGUGUUAAACAAAAUGAAAACUCUUAAAAAGCAGUUUCUGAAGGUGCAUGACAACAACAGGAAAAAGAGCGGUGUUGGCCGUAUCGACUGGCAGUACUAUGACAUCUGUGCCAAUAUCUUUGGAAACACAGCUAUAUGCAGUCCGAUGAGUCUGUCUUCCAGUUCACAGUACACUGCUACAGAAGGCACUCCAGAAGAGACACAGACAAGCAGUGACGUCUGUCCGUCAUCCCCGUUGUUAAUUGACGACACACCUGAGGACAGCGACACAUCCUCCCAGCCGUCCAUAAACACAUCCAGAAACGACGACAGCAUAACUGCAACCAUUGAAGACGUCGUGGAAGCUCAGACCAGUGACAGUGGGACUGUACAAAGUACCGUCACCCCAACUUUACAGAAAAACAUUUACACCGUACCGCCUAGAAGGAAGAAACUGAACAGAGCGGAGCAAGUGGCUAAAGCCAUGUCAAAUGUCCUUGUCGACCAACUCCGAGAGAUGGACGCUACAAUGUCCGCACAGGAGGAUGCAAGGCUCGACAGGUUUCUAGAGGCAGAACGCCAAAUGCAUGAUGCAUUUCUUUCCCAAGUCAUGACAAUGCAGGAACGCAUGAGUAGAGAGCAGUAUGACCGCCACAGGGAAUUGCACCAAAUGAACAUGGCGUUCUAUGAGCGCAUGACCAAUACCUCAAGAGCACCAAUCCAACACCACAACUCACAAUACCCUGAGCAGGGUUUUUCAUCAUUUAAUCCUGGCCCAUACUAUGCCCCAAAUACUGCACCAUCUAGUGCGCAAAGCACAGAGUUUACUGUAUUGCGCAAUUUGCCGUGAAACACAGUGAAUUUCUUAUUGUUGUUAUUUGUUGUUAAAUAACCACAGUGUGGUCAUUGUUUAUGCACAACUGUUUGUGCCUUCUUUAAUUUUUUUUCUAUGUUCUGUUUUGUAUAGUGUCUACAUUAAAGCACUUUUUAUUUAUUUUUUACACAGUAAUAAUAUACUGCAGGGACACUGUGGUUUAUGGUGUUGUAUCUACAAGCCUACCAGUGUGUUGUUUUUUUUUAUGCCAAUCAAAACUUGUUUGCAAAUCUAUGCAUAACAUUCCCAUUUGUGCGUAACAGUAGACCAUGUUUUCAGUGUUUUCUACAUUGUUUCUGCAUAUAUACAAAGUUUGUGGCAAUGUGUUUUUUUUUGGAAAAUCAUAAAUAUUGAAACCAAAGAUC